CAAAUUCCUAAUAGAAUAGUGAACAAGUGUGGAGGUACUUUAUCAAUUCCAGUCCUUCUUAAGCUUCCAUGCGGCUUAAAAUGGAAGGUAAGAUUGACAAAGUGUGAUGGCAAGGUGUGGAUAGACAAGGGUUGGAGAGAUUUUUUGAAGUACUAUUCCCUAGGACAUGGGGAUUUAUUGGUUUUUAAGUAUGAAGGGAAUUCUCAAUUCCAUGUUCUCAUAUUUGACAAAAGUACUACAGAGAUAGAUUAUCCCUCCAAUCCCAACUGGAUUGUGAAACAUAAUAUUGGAAGAUCACAACCCCAAGAGGUAAAAGAAGAAGAAGAUGAUGAUUCCGUUGAAAUUUUGGAAAGCUUUUCACCGUUUCCUAAAAGAAGGGAGAAAUCUCAACUAACGUGUUCUUGGCCGCGUAAGAGAAUGAAAACCGGUCCUGAUCAUGAUGAAACUCAAAGGGGCUCAUCUCAUCCAAGAAGUAAAGGUAAGUUUAGGAUGCAGAUUUUGGAAGCGAAUACUAGUCAAGAAGUCACCAUGAGGCCUUCAUCUUCAGGAGACAUCAGAGCUUCUGAAGCAGCCAAUAAAUUCUUUUCAACAAAUCCCUAUUUCCAAGUGUCUUUGCAAUCAAGUCACUUUAAACCAACCAAUUCUAGAGUGCGUGUACCUACUGCUUUUGCAAGAACUUAUUAUGAGGAAAGGACACAAAACUGUGAAUCUUCAAGUAG